AUGAGAGAGCACGGAAAGCUACGGUUCAAUCCUGUUGCCUUCUUGUUGGAGAUGGCUAUUCAGGAUGGUGCUUUCCGGCAUAUCGAUUCGCUGGAUACCUUGAAAAGGUGGAAUCCUGAUCAUAAGGAGCCAAUCCCACUCCUCUGGGCAUCAUCUGUGGCCAAGGAACCUGUAUUACGAACCGUGACCAGAUUUGGUGGAAUAUCAAAGCGUCCAUGGACACGAGAGUGUUUCUGCAGUCUAUUCAGGGCAGUUGUCAUCAACGCUGGAUAUCCAGAGAUCAUUACGAUCCAUACUUUGCGACGUGGUCUUGCCAAUAGGCUUGACAAAGUGGCAACCGAUGCUGAGAGGAGCCAGGUCCUCACACAAAAGGAUCCGAAUGUUUUCGGAAGAAGUUACAUAGACAGCACCUCAGCGCUAAGCACCAUGGAUGUGUUCCUAGGGGAGGCAAUGCGCCUCGACCACAUCGAGUAUCUUAGAGGUGUGGGUAAAUACCGUGCAAUAGGAUAUCCGAGACAUUUGCCAGCGCAGCGACAGCAUGCUAUUCAGCAAAAUCAAGACUUGCAGGAACUCGAAAAGCGGCUUCAGGAGCUGCAUGUACAGCAGAAGGCCAACGACGAUGAUUCUGAUAGCUAUGAGGAUAAGGAUGACGACGACAGCGAUGUUGACGAGGCUGACGCGGACGCCAAAUUAGCUCAAUAUCGGAAAGAGUGGAUUGAAAGUCGAGUGGAAACGCAGGUAAAAUCAGGAGGCAAGGCUACGGAAGCGAUCGUGUAUAACGAUAUUACGCGCUGCCUUUUCAAGGCUCAGCCCGAACGUCAGCAUCUCGCUGAGAUGAUACCCUCGGACAAGCUCCUAUCCUAUCAGGAGAUGCUCUCCGCGGUAGAGAGCCUGCUGUCUUUAUGUACCAAAGACUAUAAUGUUUUCUAUCGUCCUGGGCAGGAACCACUGAAUGGAAGAUGCCCAGUCGGCGAUUGCAACCCAAAUGGACUCCCUCGCACGCAACGGUCUAAUCAUGUUCAAGCUUGCCAACUUAAGGAACGCUGUAGAGCCCUAGGUCGUAAAGAGGCCCAGCUGAAGUAUUGCUACGAAUGUUUUGAUUUUUUCGCUGAGGAACAAUGGGAAGAGCAUUGCAACAACCAUCUUGAACAUGAUGUUUCCAGAAGAUGCGAAAUCAUCACAUAUUGCUAUACCCUCAUCCGACCUGGGUAUUGUCCUUUAUGUCUAGGCUGCGAUAGCCUUACCCCUUCGCAGCGCAUGAAAGACUGGAAACGGGGCAAUGAAUUGAGAGCUCAUGUCAACAAAGACAUAAAGAAGAUGCGCGGAAACUACGUGUGUUCACACCCGAUGUGCCAAACCAAGUUCGAGUCUGAGAUCCAACUUCGUUACCAUCUGAGCGAUAUACAUGGGCUGCACAAGGCAAUCUGGGAUGAAGCGGAUGAUCCCUCUGAAAAGGAAGACUCGGCUCAAGCUGCUUUCUGCGUUAGUACCGGUAAGAAGCGACAGCAUGGGCGGGUUGGGCAAAGGGGCGAGAAAAGACAGAGAGCUGGCAACGGACAGGGUGAAGGCCUUCAGAUUAUUCAAUGGGAGUGUCCAAAGUCUCCUAGUUAUCCUACACCCCUCCACGGCCUCCUAUCUGCUGGCAACAAGAGGCGAAGUCUGCACCUGGCCAACCCGAACGAAUCGGUUACCCAGUUUUGGGAUCAUGAUGCUGGGAACGCUUGGGACCACGAUGCCGAAGCAGGAGCGCCAUCCAACGCCAGCGUUGGUAGGAGCAUUUCAAAUGAAGACCGCCAAUCUCGCCAGGGUGACUCUAUUUUCUGUUCCUCUGACUUGUCCAGCACCCCGAGCCUCACCGCAAGCGUUUCGUUUGAGUCUUCAACGGCCGGUACUAGCCCCGAUCUUCUACCAAUUGAUCCCCAGAUACUUCAAGGAGUCAAUAUUCCGCCAUUUGGAGUUGAUGGACGCGAACUCAACCUUGAUGAAGCAAAGGAACGAAAUAAGCACCUGUGCUGUGGGUGUAGUUUCGAGGCUGGCAUACAACAUGGUAUCAGCCCAAUGGAAGUUGAAGCAGCACGGGACAGGGGAGCGUGA